GUUGUCGAACCGCGAUCUCGGUUAUAUGAGAUAACACCAAGUGAAUAAUAUUUAGAAUUAUAAAUCGCUCAAUGUUCCAGAUAUUAAGCUCCAAAUUCCACUUCAUUAUAUUUUAUUAGUAACCGACUUUUGAACUUUUCCAUUUUAAAAACUUUUUUAUUAUUCUGAUCCACUGUUUUUAGACUUGUAGUAAGAGUUUUCUGAUUAAUAAACGCUAAAUCUGAAAUUAUUAUUAUUUUAAUAAACUUAAAACAUAUUUACCGAGUACUGAAAUUAAUUUCAAUAGUAAAACAAUGUCUAUGCCUGUAUUUCCAUCAAAUACACCUCAAGUUCCUCAAGCCAUGCAACAAGUACAACAGCAACAACAGCAACAGCAGCAACAACAACAACAACAACAACAACAACAACAACAACAACAACAACAACAACAACAGCAACAGCAACAGCAACAACAACAGCAACAACAACAGCAACAGCAACAAGAAAAAUUGGACAAUAUAUCUAAAGUGAAAACUCAAGUGAUUCAACUCAAAGAAUCAUUAAGUUGUGUACUUCGUGCAGCUUCAUAUACUCUACAACAAAAUCAUUAUAUUGACACAGGAUUAUUAAAAACUGUAGAAAUACCCGGUCCCCGAUUUGAGAAAACUAUUGAAGAAUUUUUUUCAAUUUGUGAUCAAAUUGAGUACAACCUUAAGACCGCCAUCGAGUGUCAACAACAAGGUCUAAGCAGUCAACGCUAUAUACCACUAAUGGUAUAUCCUACAAGAACGGAACCAUUACCAGCUCAGGAGUUAAGUUCGCUCACAUAUCCUCAAUAUUUAAGCACUGUUCGAUCACAGAUUUCUUAUUUAAAAGAAGUUCAAGAAUUACUACUGUCUACAACACAAAAUAAUUCUAAUGAAUAAUAAAGAAAAAAUGUAUAUUUAAACAGCAUAAUGUUAUAAUAUUUAUGUAUAAUAUAUUAUAUAAGAAUUUUUAAUAAUAAUAAAAUAACUAAUAAGUGUUCAAAAAAAAAA